ACCCCGACAUGUAAAUGAGCUACCAGUGCCGCCGAGGUGUGCGCGCGGUCUCCUGUAGGACACUCUAGAUUCCUCGGAACUGUCUCGAGCGCGCGGGGAUUGGGAGUUUAUCCUUGAAUUUUGGAGGAAAUAUUUUGCUCAAACAUCCCGAUACAAAGUUGCCUUUAUGGCUGUGCGGCUUUAAGCAUCGUUCGCACCACGUCACUUACGCAUGCUUUCUCAGUGACAAACGCAGCGGAUGUUUCUUUCCUGGACGUACUGAGAUCUGAAAUCACGGGUACUGAAGAUGAAGUAUAAAAACCUGAUGGCCAAGGCUCUGUACGACAAUGUCCCAGAGUCCCCCGAAGAGCUGGCCUUCCGGAAGGGCGACAUCCUGACGGUCAUCGAGCAGAACACCGGCGGACUGGAGGGCUGGUGGCUCUGCUCCCUGCACGGCCGGCAGGGCAUCGCCCCCGGCAACCGCCUCAAGCUGCUCAUCGGGCCCAUGUUUGAGGCCCAGCCGCCUGCCGCCCAGACGCCGCCCUCGGGACCCGCCUACCAGCAGAGCCCCCAGCAGCAGGGGGUGUACCAGGUCCCCCAGAGGAGCGCCUGGGGCGCGGACGCGACACCGAGCAAAGUGGUGACCCCGAUGCGGGUGGGCCAGUCCUACACCUACGACUCCGUCCCGCGCCACCAGCAGGACGUCUACGACGUGCCCCCCGUCCGGCCGCAGGGGGUGUACGACAUACCCCCGGCGAAGCAGCCCCCCGCGUUCCCCGGGAAACCGGGAGGCCCGCGCGCGCAGGGCAUCUACGACGUCCCCCCGACGACGCAGGGCGUCUACGACGUCCCCCCAACGACGCAGGGCGUCUACGACGUCCCCCCAACGACGCAGGGCGUCUACGACGUCCCCCCGACGACGCAGGGGAUCUACUCUGUGCCGCCCUGUCGAAAUAACCCCGCCCCCCAGGAGGGGAACUACGACUUCCCCCAGCCCCUCAAGGCCAAGCUGGGCGGUAUCUACGACGUGCCCCCCACCACCACGGCCAGGCCCUCUGCCCAGUCCAACUACGACUUCCCCCCCAGCUCGGAAGUGGCCCCCGCCCGUGGCUCCACCCACAGCCACGGCAGCGUUUACGACGUGCCCCCUGGGCCGCACGGCGGCGGCGACGUCUACGAUGUCCCGCGCGGGGCCGGGGACUACGACGUCCCUCCGCAGGAGCCCCGCCUCCUGGGGGACGUGACGGACGGCGUGAACCGCCUGUCCUUCUCCAGCACGGGCAGCGCCCGCAGCAGCAUGUCCACCUCCUCGUCCGCCUCCUCCACCCCCGAGCCGCGGGCGGGGGCGGGGCCCGACCUGGACAGCGCCCUGCAGAGGCUGGGCCAGCUCCAGCAGGGCGUGGAGGCCGCCGUCUCCGCCCUCCUGGGCCUGGCCGCCACCCCGCACUGGAGGACGCCGCAGUUCGCCGACGAGGCGCAGGGGGCGCUGGAGAGGGUGCGGGCGGCCGUGGCGGACCUGCUGGCGUUCGGGCGGGUGGCGACGGCCGGGGCGCAGAGCCAGCCCGACCGCGGCCUGCAGGCCAAGCUCCGGCGGCAGCUGCAGCGGCUGGAGGACUCGCAGCAGAUCCUCCUGCAGUCGGGCCACGCCCCGGAGCCCGGCGCCAAGCCACCCACCCGCGGCGACCAGCUGGACCGCUUCCUCAUGGUCUCCAGGACCGUCCCCGACGACGCCCGGCAGCUGGCCUCCACGGUCAGCGGCAGCGCCGAGCUGCUCUUCAGGAGGGCGGCGGCAGUGGCGGCAGCCCCGGGGCCCCUCCCCCAGGGCGGAGCCCAGGACGCCCGCCACGGCCCCGCCCACGACAGCGAGGCCUAUGACGGGCAGCCGGACCAGACCGCCCCCUUCCCUGUCCCGUCCAGCUUGCAGCAGGAGAAGGAGAACCUGAACCACAGCGAGAAGUGUGUGAAGAGCUGGAUGGAGGACUACGACUACGUCCACCUGCAGGGGAAGGAGGAGUUUGAGCGGCAGCAGAAGGAGCUUCUGGAAAAGGAGAACAUCAUCAAACAGAGCAAAAUCCAGCUGGAGCAGGAGCAACUCAAUCAGUUUAAGAAGCUGGAGCAGGAAGUGAUCAAGCCGGUGGACAAUGACAUCACCCAGUGGAUUUCCCACCAGCAUCCCACGGGCCCCUCCCCUUCCUCCUCAGACUCCUCCCCUUCCCAGGGGGCCGAGCCGCAGCUGUGCGAGUGGGACCGGAAGCUUCUGCGCUUCUACGCGGAGCAGUGCGAGGCCCACUUCGUUACACUGCUCAACGCCGUCGACGCCUUCUUCGGCUGCAUCAGCGCGGGGCAGCCGCCACGCAUCUUCGUGGCGCACAGCAAGUUCGUCAUCCUCAGCGCGCACAAGCUGGUCUUCAUCGGGGACACGCUCUCGCGCCAGGCCACGGCGCCCCCUCUGGCCGGACACGUCAUGAACUACAGCAACGUCCUGUGCGAGCUGCUCAAGACCGCGGUGGGUGCCACCAAGACGGCGGCCCUGCACUACCCCAACACCGUCGCCCUGCAGGAGAUGGUGGACCGCGUCACCGACCUGUCCCACCAGGCCCAGCUGUUCAAAGUGCAGCUGCUGCAGCUGGCGAACUGCUGAGGCCCCGCCCAGACCCCCCCCCCCCCCCCCUCGCACGGACACGGACAGUAUUCAGACAGACUCUCGCAGACUGAACACCUCGACGUGCAUCACAUAUCAAAGGGGAUUUUUAAACAAAAUCCAUUUUGUAAAUUGUUUCCGGAAAGUUCCGUUUUGUAAAUACUGGGCUCUAUUUUUUUUGUGUGUAGAUUGUUUUAUAAGAAUUAUUAUUAUUAUUGUUAUUAUAUAAAUGUAUGAUAAAUAGCGAAGACUUGGACUCGGACUCAUGGUAACAUGCCUGUUUGUCGAUAAUGCCACAUUAAGCACCUUAUAAGACGUCCUUUGUCCUUUCCUAUCUGUAGAAUAAUGGUGUGCUGGUUGCUGAAAAAUGAGAGUACUUGUUUGUAAAUAAUGCUAUGUGUCACCCAGGGGGAGACUCUAUAGUAAAGGACGCUUGGUUCACAUGUACGUAGAUGGGCGUGUGUUGUUAUGAAAGUUGCUGUCACUCAAUCAUUCUGGGAGGGGCCCAUCUGUGAUGUCACAAAGGGUGCUGUCAUAGUGGUGGUCCUGAGGGUCCACAAACUGCUUUUUCAUGGGAUACGUUUACCACCAAGUCCACUGCAGUAGCUGCAUGUGCAAACUGCAUAAUUUCUGAAACUGAGUGACUUCAUUUUCACUGUAAAUAUGCUCUAGCGUACCAGAAAUUUAAUAUUUCAUUAACCCUAGACGUGUUCAGAAUGCGGUGGCAUGGGAUCGAAUCCUGGCCGGGGGCUUUCUGUGUGGAAAUUGCACGUUUUCGCCCACAGUCCAAAUACAUGCAGGUUAGGUUAACUGGAGAGUCUACAUUGCCCUUAGGUGUGAAUGGUGUGUGUGCCCUGCGACAGAUUGGUGACCUGUCCAGGGCAUAGUCCUGCCUCUUGUCCAAUGCAUGCUGGGAUAGGCUCCAGCACCACCCUGCAACCCUGACCAGGAAUAAGUGGGUUAGAUAAUGGAUGGGUGCAUGGAUAUUGAGAAUGAUCACUUGUAAAAAAAGAAAAAAAAAUAUGCUUAAAUUCAGAUAUUGCAUUUUGCCCAGCCUGGCUUCAUAGAUCCCUGGUCCAUUUUAGAACUUUUCAGUUUGUGCUAACAGCAGUUACACUGCUAUGCAUCUACAGCUUUAUGUAGGGCAAUGUGUUGAUCAUCUGUUCGUCUGAAGAUGGCUGCUAUUGUCUGUCCUAGGUGUGAAUAAAUCUGUACAGUUUCAUGCCGUA